AUGAGUGACAUAAAAGAAGAAAAUCAUAUUGUGCUUACAGAAUCAUUCGAAGAUAAUGAGAAAACUUUUGUUAAUAAUGAGGAAAUUACCAAAGAUAAUGAGUAUCCUACGUCGGAAGAAGAAGAGAGUGAUCUUGUCCCUAAAAUUGGAAUGAAGUUCAAUGAGGAGAAAGACAUUUUUGAAUUUUACAAAAGAUAUACUUACCAUGUGGGUUUUCUUGUUAAAAGAAAGAGUUCGAGGAAGGGUGAUGACGGUGUUCUAAGUUAUAACUCAACUGUUGUUGAAGUUGGUGGAUAUGAGAACCUGACGUUUGUGGAAAAGGAUUGUAGAAAUUACAUUGAUCAGGUGAAGAGAUUAAGACUUGGGGAAAGAGAUGCUGCUGUUAUUCAAGCUUAUUUUUCGAAGAUUGUGGAUUUGAAUAAAGAUGACAGAGUGAAGAACGUCUUUUGGGCUGAUAAUAGAUAUAGACAAGCAUUUAAGGAAUUCGACGAUAUUGUCACAUUUGACACCACAUACUUGACCAAUAGGUACGACAUGUCGUUUGCUCUAUUCGUUGGUGUAAAUGACCAUAGACAGUCGACACUGCUUGGAUGUGGUACUAUUUCCAACGAGGACCCCAGGACUUUUGUGUGGUUGUUUAGGACAUGGCUUGAGUGUAUGAAGGAUCAAGCACCUGUAGGAAUAAUCACUGGUCAAGAUAGGACCAUGCAAAAUGAUAUUGAGAUAGUCUUCCCUAACACAAAUCAUAGAUGGUGUUUGUGGCAUAUAUUAAAGAAGUUACCUGAAAAAUUUGGUAACAAUAGCUCUAAGGCAUAUAUUCUUUCAGGCGUACAUAAGGUGGUGUAUGAAUCACAGAGUCCUGAAGAAUUCGAGUACGCAUGGAAUUCAAUGAUUGAGAAAUGUGCACUGCAUGACAAUGAUUGGUUGUUUGGACUUUACAAAGAAAGUUGUCGUUGGGUCCCAUGGUUCGUGAAAACCAAUUUUUAG